CUUUAGAUAAUAAUUCCAUCAAUACAUGAACUAUUCAACAGGUACCUACCUAAUACCGUCAAUUCGAUGGGGGUUCUUAACGGUUGCCCGCCAACUGUUCGCGUCUGACAAGGUCUAAGCCUCCCUCACUCAACUUAUUAUUGUUUUCACGUCCCAACGCGAUCAUCAUCUUCGGAACAAUAUAAAGCAAUACCUUGCUUUAUACGUGCAUAUAUCGAUAAUAAUGGACGCCCAUCAUCGCGCAGUAGCAUCCAUAUCCAAGAGGUUGCAGGAGUUCUAUGUGCAACGCCAACCUUUCAGAGUCUAUCAUGGCUCUACCAACAGCACUCGCACCUCAGAGAAGAACACUGACAACACGGUAGAUACCAGCAAACUUGACCAUGUUCUAGGAGUCGACAAAGCCACUAAAACGGCGCUGGUGGAACCUAACGUCUCUAUGGACCGUCUUCUCGACGCGACUAGAAGCGCCCAGUUAGUCCCACUGGUGGUUAUGGAGUUUCCGGGCAUUACCGUUGGCGGCGGGUUCAGCGGCUCGGCCGGCGAGAGUAGCUCAUGCCGCUAUGGACCUUUUGAUUCAACUAUUAAUUGGAUCGAAAUAGUCUUGCCUAACGGAAAAGUCGUGCACGCAUCCAAGUCCGAGAGAUCCGACCUCUUCUGGGGUGCAGCAUCUGGGUUCGGAACCCUCGGGAUUGUCACGCUCUUGGAGGUCCAGUUGAGAGAUUUCCAGGGCUUCGUGGAGUUGACGCAUUAUCCCACAGCAAACUUCCCAGAUGCUCGAAGAAGGAUACUAGAGGAGCUUGGGAAGCAGACCGUGGAGUUCAUCGAUGGUAUUGUCUUUUCGCCCAAGUCAGCUGUGGUUUGUUCCGGUCGCCUGGUCAAUAUUAUACCUAUAGGCGCCAAGCCCCGACGAUACUUGGGCCGACAAGAUCCAUGGUUCUACUUAGAUGUCCAGAAGAGGACCAAGAAGGCGGGAAAACCGGUUGUCGAUUACGUUCCGCUGGUUGAUUACCUGUUUCGAUGGGAUCGCGGCGGCUUCUGGGUGGCUAAACACGCUUACAAGUACUUCUUCACGCCCUUCAACCGAAUCACACGCCGCUUGUUAGACAACUACAUGCAUGCCCGUGUGAUGUAUCACGCCCUACACAAGAGCCGCCUGUCAGAUACCUAUAUCAUUCAAGACGUUGGUGUACCUUUUGCUGCCGCCGAUGAUUUCUUCGUCUGGGUGGACCAGACUCUCAACAUCUAUCCUAUCUGGCUGUGUCCGUUACGUCUGCGACGCGAAACACCCAAUGCGGCACAUGGGCUGCAUGCGAACUUUGCCAACCCGCAUUAUCCGGAGUUCAUGCUUAACUUUGGCAUUUGGGGACCCGGUCCUACUGACUACCGAAAACUAGUGCGUCUGAACCGUGCAGUCGAGAAAAUGGUCCACGAGCUAGGUGGCAACAAGACAUUGUAUGCCCAGGCCUACUAUACCGAGGAGGAGUUUUGGAAAUCUUACGAUCGGCCUGCUUACGAUAAUGUGCGCGAGAAGUACCACGCGUCUCAUCUACCGAGUGUAUACGAUAAGGUUAAAGUUGACGAGGACGCGAAGAGGAAGGUCAUGGAGGGCUCAAGAAUGCCGGUGGUUCUUCGCAAUGUUCGGCCGUUCCAGGGCUUGUAUGGGGUGUAUAAAGCAUGGCGCGGCGGCGAUUACUUACUGCAGGAGAAGAAGACGUCGACUGUAACUACAAAACCGGCGAAACAUGAUUCUUAAUUCAUAAUAUGCUUUAGAUAGGUAGGUAGGCAUAGCCAGGCCAGGGGCUACUCACGUUCUACGGCACUGUAUGAUCACAGACAUUAAUUGAACCAUUAGCAUUGCUAUA